CUUCCAUCUACCUCCAUUGGCGCCCCCUUCUCCUACAAUCUUCUCCCUAGAGAAAUCUCACUUUCGUUAGGAAGAAAACUCAUCAGCCAUGGCGGAAACAUUGAUUCUCAAGGGUACAAUGAGGGCUCACACCGACUGGGUCACUUCCAUCGCCACUCCUGUUGAUAAUUCCGACAUGAUCGUCUCCGCUUCCCGUGACAAAUCUCUCAUCGUCUGGAAUCUCACCAAGGAGGACAAGGUGUACGGAGUCGCCCGUCGCCGUCUCAAUGGUCAUUCCCACUUCGUUCAAGACGUUGUUCUUUCCUCAGACGGUCAAUUCGCUCUCUCUGGAUCUUGGGACAGCGAACUCCGUCUUUGGGAUCUAUCUACCGGAACCACUGCCCGUCGAUUUGUGGGUCACACCAAGGACGUCAUCUCCGUCGCCUUUUCCUAUGACAAUCGUCAAAUCGUCUCUGCUUCUCGUGAUAAGACUAUCAGGCUGUGGAAUACUCUUGGAGAAUGCAAGUAUACCAUCCAGGAAGGUGAUUCACAUACCGAUUGGGUUAGCUGUGUUCGUUUCAGUCCUAGCAAUGUUCAGCCUACCAUCAUCUCUUCCUCAUGGGACCGUACCAUUAAGAUCUGGAACCUCAGCAACUGUAAGCUUCAGAAUACCUUGAGAAGCCAUUCUGGGUAUGUUAACACUGUGGCUGUUUCACCUGAUGGUUCGUUGUGUGCUAGCGGUGGGAAAGAUGGGACGAUCCUUCUUUGGGACUUGGCUGAAGGCAAGAAACUUUACUCUCUUGAUGCUGGUUCCAUCAUCCAUGGUCUCUGCUUCAGCCCCAACAGGUAUUGGCUUUGUGCGGCAACUGAGAGCGGUAUUAAGAUUUGGGAUUUGGAAAGCAAGACCAUUGUUGUGGAUCUGAAGGUUGAUCUUAAGGCGGAAACCGAUAUGGCUCCUGAUGGUUCUAUUCAGCCAGCUUGCGCUAAAACCAAGGUGAUAUAUUGCACUUGCUUGAACUGGAGUGCGGAUGGAAGCACACUCUUCAGUGGAUACACCGAUGGAGUGAUCAGGGUCUGGGGUAUCGGUCGCUACUGAGAAAUUUGGCUAGGUUUUGCAGUAAUCUUAUAUUUUCCUUAAUAGUUUCAGUAUUCAGUACUUUUGGAUUCAAAGAUGUUUGAUUAUCUUGACAAUCUGUCAUAAACUUGUCUUCUAUGUGUGUUUUAUUUUUCUGAGGUAACAUUAUCAUAUUUUGUUUGCUCUUUUAUUUAAAGGAGAUUUAUUUUGACACCUUA